ACGAGAAGACGUCAAGCGGAAGCGGAGCAAUGCACGCGGAGUGUCAACAAGGACUACGACCGAGAGUGAGAGAGAACAAAGAUUCGGCCCUUAUAGCGAUUCCUUUACCGAAGAAGAUGAUCAACAAUAACAGUAGUAAUGGUACUACUAAUACUACUAGUAGUAGUAGUAGUAGUAGUAGUAGUAAUAGUAGUAGUGGUAGUAGUAAUAGCAGCAACGACAGCCAAUCGUUCUUCUUCCUGUCCGUCUCUACAACAAACACUGUAAGAAGCAGGCUGCGGGCUGCUCGUGGCCGCCGCUACCAACACCGUCCACCUCCUCCUGGCACACGCACCAACAACACCACUGCCAACACUAAAGCUACUACUCGCAAUAGUAAUAACACAGUAGAGAACGACAACGACGACAACGACGACACCACCAAGUCCACUUCCACCUUCGACGACACUGUCCGAUUUAGCAGCAGUACAAUCCCGUUGUUGCUGAAUGAACGACGUCUGAUCCUUUCGAACAAAGGCAUCGAUGGCACGAUGAGAUAUCUACUAUGGAUAUCACUUACGAGACUCGCCCCAGGCACUAAGUCUUCAACUAUUCUCUCUUUCUCCUCCCUUCUCGUCUUCCACCUCCUUCCUUCCUGCCAGUCCCGAUCGUACCAGCGACCGCCUUAACCGUCCACCGCACCACCAGCCUUCGCUGGUCCUUGCUACUACUCUCCUUCUUCUUUCCUCUCUCUCUCUCUCUUUUCUCUCACUCUUUCUUUCUCUCUCUCUCUCUCUCUCUCUCUCUCUCUCUUUGUUUCUCUUUCUUUCCUUCCUUUUCGUCUCGUCUCGUUUCGUCUCGUCCCGUCUCGUCUCGCUCGUCACGUCUCUUCACUAUGACGUGCGAGACGCCAUCUUGAAAAUCACCUUUCAGUCUUUUUCCCUUUCCUUGCUUCCUUCCUUCCUUCCUUCUUUCCUUCCUUCAAGAAAAAUUUUCCCCUUGCCUGUCACGAGUUAACUCGAGUUACGACCAACCAUCCGUCCUUAGAUCUCGACUAAGACUACUACUACUACUAGUCUCGACCCUUACUCGUCCACUCCCGCGCGAACCAAAUAUCCGAUCUGUCUCUCUUCUACUAUUCUCGAUCGUUCAUGAAAGCGUUCCGUCUAUGCCUUCUCCCCGCUCUUACUCUCUCUCUCUCUCUUUCUCUGUCUCGUUCUCAAUCAUUUAGUCUUUUCCAUCUCUCUCUCUCUCUCUCUCUUUCUCUCUCUCUCUCUCUCUUUCUCUCUCUCUCUCUCUUUCUUUCUUUCUCUUUCUCUGUGUCUCUCACUCUCGCGCUCUCUUUCUCUCUCUCUCACACUCUCUUCGCGAAUAACUGUCGAACGUCAUCGAGCGCUUUUCCGAUCACACCACGUGACACCCUUAUCCUUCACUCUGAUUGGUCGUCACAGUAAACGUCCACCAAUCAGAGCUCUGGACGAUUUAUUCUAAUCUUUCUUUAUACUUCUUACUUCGUUUUCUUCAUCUACUUCGCCUCCUUCUUCCUUCUUUUUCUUUUUUUUCUUUCUCUCUUCUCUUCUACUUCUACUUAUUACCUCUUACUUCUUCUUAUUGUUAGUGUGCCCGUGUUGUUUCUACUACUAACGAUAGCCGAACGUAGGAAAGUUCUCUUGUCUUUUUACCGGAUGCAGGGACCAACGUUGGCUUCUCUUAUCUUUAGGAGGAGGCUAACGAUAUCUACGACCUCGACGUUCCCGUUCCCGUUCAUUGUGGUUACUCUUCGGAAAGAGCACAUUGUUAGGAUUACUACUGAUAAAAUAAGCCGCUUUGUGAUGAUUCCCCAGAGUAGUUAUGAUAGAUACGGAUGAUCCUAAGCUUACGUUUCUUAAAAUUUUGUUUUUCUUUUUCUUUUCCUUUUUCUUUCCUUUUUCUUUUACUUUUCUACUUUUUCUCUUUUUCCUCUUUUCUAACAGCUUUCCUACGUUUGUCGUAUAAUAUAAUGAUCACUGCUAGAAUACUUCCGGUACGAGGACGAAUUUCUUGAGAUUUUCUAUUAGAGCGGUUCGAAACAAACAAGAGAAAUUACGAAGGAACAAAUGGAGAGAAAAGUUGAUGCUUUUUUUUGAAACAAAAUGUAUAAGAUUUAUAUAUAUACCAAUUUUUAAAUAAUGAUUAAUUAAGUGUUUAUGUAUGUACGUGUGUGUUAUCUUUAAUAAUUUUGCAACUGAAGCUUCCAAGUUUUGAUAUUUUUGGAAAGUAACUUGAGGAAGAUAAUUAAAUUAAUCGAGAGCAAAAAUGAGCAAUCCGUAUCUUCAACCAUCUUAUUCGAUUCCCAUGCCAAUGAAUCAACCAGGAACGCAACCUAUUGCAAGUGCACCAUCACCAAAUGAAUUUCCAUUGCCGUAUGCGCCACAAGUACCGCAAGGUGGUUGGCCAAUACCGAAUAUGAUUUGUCCGCCAGGUUUGGAAUACCUUAUGGGCCUUGAUCAUUUGUUUGUCAAACAAAAAUUCGAAAUGUUGGAAGUUGUUACCGGAUGGGAAACCCGCAACAAAUAUAACGUAAUGAAUAUAAGAGGUGAACAAGUUUAUUAUGUUUGUGAACAAUCUAACUGUUGUUCACGUUUUUGUUGCGGUACCUAUCGCAGUUGUGAAUUCAAGGUAUUCGAUGGAAUUAGAAGAGAAAUUCUUCAUAUGAUUCGUCCAUUAAGGUGUAACAGUUGUUGCUGUCCUUGUUGUUUACAGGAAUUGGAAGUCUAUUCCGGUGGUAUUCUUUUGGGAUCAGUUGUUCAAGAUUGGACUCUAUUUAGGCCAUGGUUUUCAAUACUCAAUGCAAAUGGCGACACAGUUUUGAAGAUAAAAGGACCGUUAUUACGUUUCUGCGUAGAAGUUGAUUUUAAAGUAAAGUCUGCUGAUGGUACUCAAGGAGUUGGCAUGAUCAGUAAACAUUGGAGUGGUAUUACUCGUGAAUAUUUUACGGAUACCGAUAAUUUUGGUAUUAGCUUCCCCAUUGAUCUUGAUGUCAAAAUAAAAGCUGUUCUUCUUGGUGCUUGUCUCUUGAUAGUAAGUUUGACAAAUAAAAAAUUUUUCAAUCGAUUCGACAUUGUUAGAUUAAUAAGAAUUAGUAUUAGAGUAUACGUUUAAUUGAAUAUUUGUAUUUAUCAAUUGCAGGACUUCAUGUACUUUGAAACUUCGAAAGAAUGAAUGGUGAAUAUUUAAACAAAGCACAAAAAAAAGCAACGUGUCUUCUAUCGAUCUUUGAUUAUUUAUACGAAUACUAUUUUUGAAAGCCUAUUUAAUAAUUCUUCACUUUGAUAAGAUAUAUUUUUUGCCUAUUAAUGCAUGUGUGAUCUUAUUUAUUAAGUAUCUGAUCAUACACAUGACAAGUAUGUCAUACAAUGGUUAUGUAUAUCUAUAUAUACAUAAUAUAUAUAUGUAUAUUUAUAAAUAUAUAUAUACACAAAUACAUAUUAAAGUGUAAUAAUAAUUAUAACAGAAUUUUUUGUGAUACCAAAUAUAUAUAUAUAUAUAUUUAAAUAUAUACUGAUAUGAAAUAUUUUUUUGAGAGAAAUUUUAAUGUUCAAUUAAUAAUAUAUGUGUCUGCGCGCGCCUAAUGAAAUAUUUUCGCAAUAUGCUACUGACGUUUUAACACUCAGGGAUGUCUUCACAUACUUCCUAAUUAUUUCUUUGUGAAAAAAAUGGCAUAUAUGUAUACAUAUAAAUUUGUUGGAAUGAUACCAUAUAUAUAUAUAUACACACACACUCUGACAAUGAAUAUAUAUAUGAAGCUUGGAAAAAGUAUCGUAGGUAUUGAAAAUUGGACGAGAAAUAAAAUGUGUAUGUUUCUUUAUUUGUGAUUUGAAAUUCACCUUCUUCAUCAACCUUAUAUCUCCCAUAAUCAUCAUUAUCAUUAUCAUCAUCGUCACCAUCAUUAUCAUCAUCAUCAUCAUUAUUCAUCAUCAUCAUCAUCGGUACAACCUGGUAAUGUGAGUAACUACUGCAAAAGCGCUAGCUGGAACAUGCGCGUUUUUUUGAAACGCUCCUAAAUCUUGACUCAUGCUUUUAAUAAUUGUGUUUGUUACUAAUAAAAAAAAAAAAAGGAAGAGAAAGUGUAUGAAUGGUGACAAAGAUCAACAAGGAAAAAAAAAAUUAUUAUAAUAAAACAAAAAUGAGAUGCGGGCGAGAGAGAAAGUGUGUGACUGAGUGACUGAGUGACUGAGAGAGAGAAAGAAUUAAAAGGAACAGCAGAGAAGAAGCUCAGCAGGAAUUGCUUUUGCAUUGGAAUAAGUAAUGAGAGAAAUAAAAAAACAAAGGAAGAAAAAAAAGAAAAUAAUAAUAAUAAUAAUAA